AUGCUCGCCGUGUUUACGGCCACAUCGUUACAAGGCCCGUCCAAGAACUGCACUACACCAGGGCCGGGGUCCUACGACAUCCCUCGCUGGGCUGACAUGAAGACAUGCAGGCGUCCCGGCAAGCCAAAGCGCUGCCUCGACGAUUGCGCACUGCUGGUGGAGUAUGAAGAAAGGCUCGCCCGUGAGAUCGGGGCCGACAUCGCCAAUGGCGAGACGUUCGGCUUCGGCGAGCCGAUGGGGGGCGACAUCUUCGCGGAGGUCGUGGCUGCCAGCCUGAAGCUCCGGGAGGGCUGGCUAUGGCCUUGGUUUCUCCAGUUUUUCUCGGCCGAUGCAGAGGCGCCUAGCCAGCAAGGAGAGGCGCCGGCCAUGACGGCUGGGCCUUCGCAGGCGGCAGAAAUUCCGCAGGGGGAACUUGAAGCUUUGAGGGCCCAAGUACAGGCCCUUGCUGGCCAGCUGCGCGCGCUGCAGAUCUGCGCAGUCCCCAUCUCGUGA